UCUCAUUAUUCAUCAGUGACCUAUACAAUACAAUUUGGUAAAUUAAGAGACAAAAGGCGACACACAGAGAGAGAGAGAGAUGGAGAGCAAAAUGGUGGUUGUUUUUGGUGUCUUUGUGGCCGUGUUUGUGCAAUGUGUAGCAGCACAGACAGUGCAUGUGGUUGGAGAUAGCUUAGGUUGGACCAUUCCACGAUCUGGGCAACAAUAUGUCACUUGGGCAUCUGCUAACAAGUUUGUUGUUGGUGAUAUUCUCAUUUUCAACUUCGCCACCAACGCACACGACGUACAACAAGUACCCAAAGCAUCGUUCGACUCAUGCAGCUCGGACAACGCAAUUGGCUCGUCCAUCACAACAGGCCCAGCCAACGUCUCGCUCACCUCAGCAGGCGACAACUACUUCAUCUGCACUUAUGGCACCCACUGCCAGUCAGGCCAGAAGCUAGCCAUCACCGUCUCAGCCGCUGCCCCUGGAGCCUCGCCCUCUGCACCAACUUCUGCGCCACCACCACCACCGGCCACUACCACUCCUACCACACCAUCACCGUCAUCGAACGACCCUGCUGCUUGUGCUCCAGUCCCGUCACCGUCACCAUCACCGUCCACGGCUGGCGGGCCCACUGUGAAGGCUAUUCCCGAGUCUUCCCCGGCCCCUGAUAAUUCUUCUUCACCAGCUGUUGUGGCGGGUUUCACUUUGUCCUUCUUGUCCCUUGUCAUCAUGGGUUUGUUUUUUUAGAUAUUUUCUGUGAAGACUCGGGAGAUGGACAUGUUCUUAUGAUUGUUAGUGAUUGUAUUUUGUACCCGUUUUAGAUAACAGAAUUGUUUUAAUCAUUUUUUUAGUACAUUUUCAUUAAUAAAGGAUUAA